CCUCCUCCUUCCGAGUUGGAUUAAAACAAAUAAAUACUUGUUGAGUGAAACUCGUCUUUCGCCCAGCCUAACUGUAAAUCGAUGACUACUUGUCCAUUUUUUUGAAGAUUCUCGUUUCAGUUUAUUGAACAGUGGAUCACUUUUUCCUUCUCACAGGUUUUAAGAAUGGAAAAUCCUGUGAAGAAAGUGUUGCUUACCUCUGACGGAGACGAGAUUUCCCAAAACAUUGCUUUCCAUUUAGCCAAACGGGGAUGCAGAUUGGUUUUGAUGGGGAACGAGAAGCGCCUUCAAAGUGUUGCGGAGAAGAUAAAAAGUAUUGUGAAGAUUGCUGAAGCAGUUGAAGUGGUUGGAGUAGAUAUAGAAUGUGAGGACGAAGCAGCUUUUGAUGAGGCGGUAGAUAAGGCUUCUCGAAUUUUGGACAAUUUGGAUGCUUUGGUGCAUUGCUAUGCGUAUGAAGGAAAGAUGCAAGAUCCGCUAGAAUUAGCUGAGGAAGAGUUCAGAAAAUUAGUGAGAAUCAAUUUCAUGGCGUCGUGGUUUCUUUUAAAGUCAGUUGGCAGAAGAAUGCGAGCCAACAAUGGAGGAGGUUCCAUCGUAUUCUUGACGACAAUAAUAGGGGCUGGGAGAGGACUUUAUCCAGGAGCCGCUGCCUAUGGUGCAUGUUCAGCAGGUGUGCAGCAGUUAGUUAGGACAGCAGCACUGGAGCUUGGAAAAUACAAGAUCAGGGUUAAUGCUAUUGUCCGCGGUUUGCACUUGCAAGAUGAAUAUCCGUUAGCAGUGGGGAAGGAGAGGGCAGAGAAGUUAGUGAAGGACACAGUGCCAUUGCAGAGAUGGAUGGAUGUCGAAAAUGAUCUGGCCUCGACCGUCGUCUAUUUAAUCAGUGAUGGUUCACGGUACAUGACUGGAACGCCUAUAUUUGUCGAUGGAGGGCAGUCUCUAACUAGGCCUAGGAUGCGAUCUUUCAUGUAAUUUGUAAUCUUAUUUCAUUCAUAUCAUCAAUUCAAUUCAACUCUCGCUCAGUUGAGUGGCAUUAUUCUUUCUCAAGGAAAAGCUAGUUGGCCUUAUUCCAGAUUAUUUGUAAGUCAAAAUAAGAGAACAAGGAGACCAAAUCCUUCUUUAUUGAUUCAUUAGAAGAUAAUUUGGUACAAGUUUUAGUCCUGUGAA